AGACAAUAAGAACCAAUGCCUUUUUCUUUUUCUACCACACCCUUCUACCCCAUUCAUAAUGUCGCGUCUAGACCGUACUCGCACAUCGCCGCACCAGCUGCGCCCUUUCUUCUCCUCCCAGAACCUACUCAACCGCGCCGACGGCUCGGCACAAUUCGACUUUGGUGGAUCUUCAGUAAUUUGCUCAGUUGUCGGCCCUGCCGAGGUCAAGAUUCGCGACGAGAAGCUUGAUAGAGCAACCAUUGAGGUCGUUGCAAGACCCUUGGUCGGUCUUCCUGGUGUCAAGGACAAGACGCUCGAACGGUGUAUCAGAGAGACAUUGGAGCCUUUGAUUCUCUCAGGACUCCACCCCCGGACAGGGAUCCAGAUCGUGCUGCAGACGAUGAAGGAUGAUGGAUGCAUUAUGUCGACAGCAUUCAAUGCUACUAUUUUGGCAUUACUGGACGCUGGUAUACCUUUGAAGUCUAUUCUCGGAUCCGUCACUUGCAUCAUUGACGCCCAAUCAAAUCAAAUACUGCUCGACCCCACAACAGAGGAACUUGCGCAAGCAAAGUCGACCCAUGUCUAUGUCUUUGACAACAAGACGUCAAUACCAUCAAAGGAAAGCAUGGAUGUGGAUCGGAAUAAUGAGGCAGGAAUAUUGUUCUCAGACAGCACAGGCUUGUUCACAGAAGAAGAGUAUCUGGAAUGCGCAAAUGUAUGCUUUAAAGCAGCACAGGCGGUCCACGGAUUCAUCCGGACAGCAGUCUCCAAGAAGCUGGAAAAGGAGUAUCAGCAAACCCAGGCAUGAUCGUCAAAUAAAGUGGCUGCACCUUCGUUCUCUUUAAUGUUGUGAUAUGAUACGCAGGAUCGCUAUUGUAGGUUCUCAGGAGGGAGUGAGCUCAAGAACUACCGUGUUUCCACCCCUGGCAUGUUAACGCGAGAAAUACUGGGGGUGUUUAGGAGAUGAUAUAUGCGCAAAGAUCACAACCUGCACAAAGGCACAGGAUAAGAACGAUCAAAUCGAAGCGUGGUUCAGGUUUUCGAGUUCCGGGAGAUGAGCUUGUUCGAUUGCGAUAAUAUGGACGACUUGCUGCUUCUUAAAAUCAGACCAAGAGACCUGGCAUAGAUACGGUAAUACUAAAUGAGCAUUGCAUUCAAUAAACACUGGGCAUAGCAGCCUUGAUGUGUGUCCGAG